AUGUCAGGGAUGAACCAGGUGGUUGCGACCUGCUGGACUUGCCUCCUGCUCUCUGCCUUCCUGUUUGAACCCGCGCUGUCUAAAGGGGGCCGCGGAGGCUCCCGGGGCUCCUCUCGAGGCUCUCCGUCCCGCAGCUCCUCGGCGGGGACCUACCGGGGAGGAGGCGCCUACGGUGGGACGCGCUCUCGUUUCCGGGCGGCGGGGCGGUCGUCCCCGGUGCGGGUGGCGGCCGCGGCAGCAGCGGGGGCCGCGGUGGCGCUCAGCGCGGAUAAAUGGUACGCGUCUGCGUACCGCCGCAGCAACACAGACAGCUCAGACGAAGAGCUGGAUUACUACAACAGGACCAAUUACUUUGAUGCACUCAUGUCAGGCUCCACUCAAAACGGAUCUUUUCUCUCUCAAGUGGUUUCUAUCAUUAUUGCUUCAUUUUCUCCUAAAUACGGACUCUUACUGGACAGUUUACUGUAGAUGUUCAGGCUGAUUGUUUUUAUUUUUAGGGAUAAUUGUGUGAGUGGGUCAAAGCCUGAGCUUUCUGUCAAGGUUCUGACUAUAAUGUGCAGGAACCUGCACUGAGAUGAUCAGCUAGAGGUGCAACACCAUGGUGGAAGGAUUCAAUCCCAAAAACGUCACAGUACUG